CUCUCCCUCCUCCUCCCGCUGCCAGGAGUGGGCGGAGAGGCUCGGAGCGCCGCCCGUCGACGCUGCCGCCGCCUCCUCCGUAGCGUAGAGACAAACGGGGACGCCAAGAACGCGCAGGAGGAGUAGGACGAAGAGGCGCCGGGCCCUGCAGCCUGGCCGCGGCUGUAUUCCCGGACGGAGGCCGGGAGGUAGAUUCUUCCUUAUCAAAGAGAAGUGACUUGGAUUUGAUCCCAGCCCAGUUGGCAAUGAGUAGAAAAAGUCCACAACCAGUUCUGGAGAUGGUCCCAGCAUCCAGCAUUCUGGCACUCUCUCUCCAUGGAAACAGAUGUGUCAUCUACACUCAGCUUGACUUCCAUCCUCUGAGGAAGCAAGAGAAUACCAAACUGUCCUUUAGUCAAGUUCAAGAAUCAAUCAUCAAAUCCCUCCCCAUUUGACUUGAAAAAGAACGUCACCCAUACUCCUCUAUUUCCCAGCAUAGUCCUGAUGGCUCCUUGUUCUCCAGUCCCUGAAGAAGCAAUAAACUGGGGCAGGUGAGUUCAAAAGGUAGACAAGAUUAGGAAGCAGAGGUGGGUGAGGGGGGCUGAAAGAGGUCACAGCAAGGAAGAGAUGCAAGGGAAGGUGCAAAAGGACUCUUGAGAAUGGGCUGUCUCUUGUAUCAGGACUCUACCAUCUUGGUACAGCCCUCUCCUUAAGAUUAAGAUGAUGGUCCUCAUGGUUCUGAGUAACCUUUAACCCUUCUGCGUUAUAUGGACUCGUGAGAAUUUCCAGGGCAGAACUGGAUUGCAGGAGCCUAAUAGACUUGGGUGGAGCCUGUUUUUUGCCCUUUGAAUCAAGCGCCUUCUGAUGAUGUGUCCAUAGCUGGAGUGAUUCCUGUUGUGACCACAGGCCGCCCUUACGCCUCCUGCACUUGCUGUGUCUGGCAGCAUUUCUCUCCUAGCCCAGAACACCUCCCCUAUAAGCCCUGAGCCACAGCCGGAAGACAAUGGCAACAAGGCUUCCUUCAUAUUUUGUGAACAGGUGGUAGCCGUGGGGAUGAGCGGACGGCCACCCCUGGCCGAGAAAGCUUUGUCCGAGACUUUUGCUCGUCUCCGGUACAGGGAUGCCUCUUUGCUGAUCUGGCAGCAGCAGCAGCAGAAACUUGAGUCUCUGCCACCAGGAACGUACCUGAACAGGAGCCACAGCAUGUGGUACUCACAAUAUGGCAACCAGGCGAUCUUGGUGCGGGAUAAGAACAAAGCGGACAUCCCCAGGGAUACUGGACAAUCCAGGUUUUGCAGCGUGAUGUGAUUUCAAGAGCUAAGAGUGAGCAAGCGAGCCCAAUCUCUAGGCUAACCAAAAUGGACCCAGAAAGUGGUUUUCCUUUUUUAAAAAAAAGUUUUAUUUUUUAUGUUGUAGCUCUAUUUAUCUUCUACUGCAUUUUUGGACGGUGUUCCCGAAGCAAUUUGGGAAAUGGAUUUUCAGGGGCCUCAGGUUUGCCUACAUUCGUUGAAUCUGUCCAAAUCAAUUUUGAAACUUCAUUUGCUGCUACUCUGCGAAAGGCUGUUCCUGAUAGACAACAGUGAAUGUCUAGUCCUCACUCACCCACCCCUAUCCCACCCAGGACUCUCCAUUACAGAUGGAAUUUGAAGGUGGGGAGCCCGGGGUCUUCCAGAUGUUACCCUGUACCAUUCACCUGACAUCACCAUUGAGAGCCACAAUCUCCCUAUCUGUUUUAAGUGGUGCUGAUGUAGGCAAAGAUUUAUUCCCAAUCAUCUGUUCUGGAGAGGAGUCACAUAGGGGCCAUUUUGGGGAGGUAGGCAGUGCAGUUCAAAACACCUGCUCUAACACACCUUUACCCCUGGCUGCUUACAAACAGGAGGCAUUCCACCACCACCCAUUUCCAUGCCAGCUUCGCCUGCUAAAUGUCCACAUAGCGGUCUCCCUCUAAAACAAGCAGGAUCUGGAAAAUAAUAUGAUAACCCACCUGCAUGAGCACUUCUCUUUUGCUAAGGGAGGCAGGCAAUUGAAGUGAAUAGGUUAUCUCUCAUGGACACGAGUUUGCCCCAUUCAUCCUCUCACGCUGAAGCAGGCAUGAAUGCAAGCUUGGACUUUGCUUUCUAGGGCCAGGACUGUCAAAUUGCUGCUGUGUUAACUUGUUGAUGUGCUAACAGAACUACGCUAGGUCUUGGGGAUGGAAGUGGCUGGGAACAGUUCAGAAGAGUUUUGUUUUGUUUGUUUUAAAAAAACCUCUUUUAAAGAUGUACACUUCUCUCUGCAACCAAAUGCCUUUUGUUCAUCACUUGCAGUAUUAAAAAUGAAGAAGGGAUACCUGU